AUGAAGGAUCUUGGCAAGCUAAAGUACUUCCUUGGGAUAGAGGUUGCUUACUCUAGACAAGGCAUCUUUAUUUCCCAAAGAAAAUAUAUCCUAGAUCUCCUCAAAGAGAUUGGUAAGUUGGGUUGUAAGAUUACUGGAGUGCCCAUAGAGCAAAAUCAUAGAACUAAAAAUGAUGAAGAAAGCUCAAAGGUGGAGAAGACACAAUACCAAAGGCUUGUGGGAAAACUCAUCUACUUAUCACACACCAGGCCUAACAUAGCCUAUACAUUUAGUGUGUUUAGUCAAUUUAUGCAUGAUCCAAGAGAGAGACAUUUGCAGGCUGUAAAUAGGAUUAUUCAGUACUUGCAAGCCUCUCUAGGAAAAGGAUUGCUAUUCAAAAAGGAAAUGAUUUUAUCCAUGAAAGUAUAUAAUGAUGCUGACUACGCAGGAUCAAUUAUUGAUAGGAGAUCCACCUCAGGAUAUUGCAAGUUCUUGGGUGGAAACUUGGUGAUAUGGAGGAGCAAGAAGCAAAAUGUAGUUACAAGAUCAAGUGCAGAGGCAGAAUUUAGAGCCAUGGCCCAAGGGAUUUGCGAAUUAUUAUGGAUGAAGAUCAUACUCGAUGACCUCAAAGUAAAGUAUGAAGCCCCUAUGGAACUGGUUUGUGAUAAUAAGUCUGCCAUUAGUAUUCCACACAAUCCAGUUCAACAUGACCGAACGAAGUAUGUAGAAGUAGACUGA